CUGAAUCCAAGCAAAUGGGAUUCGAAGUAAAAAGUAUAUCGUGUACUUCCGAAUUCAGAUUGUCACCGUCUGAUUGUGAGCUGUUCAGUCGGGUUGAUAUGGUAUUAUCAUCAUGGAGUUGGACGAGGAGAUAACGGAAGUGGACGAAAUCGACGCCUUGGAGCGCGAAUACCGUUGGUUCCUCCGCACCGAAGUCCGACCGCAAAUCGGCUACCUACAGGGAAUCCUUACGGAAUGUAAAGAAAGGCUUCCACCUGCUUCCUUCUCAGAUCGUCAGAAGAAUCCCCGCGAAGAGCGCUUCGUUGUCAGCCCGACCAAUGGCGGAGAUUUUUUGAAAUGCAUCGUCACAUUGACCGGAAGCCGCAUCACCGCGGCGGACGUGACAUUUAGGAUGGCCACCGCGAAGAAUCCCGGCCAAAUGAUGAAGUUGGGUAUUCCGCCGGAAGCUCCCUACCAACUGCAGCAGCUGCAGGACGCUCUUAAUGCGGUCAGCGAUGCGCUGGCCCACCUGGCGGCGCAGGAUGCCGAGUACGAAUUCCAGACGGCCGAAGAAGUUAUCAAGAUUAUCCAGCCGGCUAUGGCGCAGCUGUCGCAGGCGCGUAGUACCCUGAUCGUCCCCAAGAAGCGUUCCUUCGACGAGCUGAAGGGGGCCUUCCACCGGCGCCACUUCGUGCCGCCCCUGCCGGCCGACAUGUCCGCCAGCUUCUACCUGCAGGCCCACAAGCUCGUCUUCGCUCUGUACCAGAUCCUCCCGGGAACUGGGAAGUUCGACUGCUAUCAGGGCGAAGUGUCCAUUCCGUGGCUGACGGAAUCGCUGGUGCUGUUGACGGUGGCCCUGCAGACCUGCCAGCAGCUGCUCGAUAAGAUGAACAUUUUCAUGCAGAAUCUCGACCUUAGUCCCAAGCCCUUCGAUUGAAUGGAUUGAGCCCUUAGUGGGGUCGCAUAGACUGGCGAUCCCGUGAAGCUGAAGCGAUACGGAUCGCAAACGUUGCCUGCUGGUUGUGGGGGUGUCGUUCCGGUGGUUGAUUAAUUGUUAGUGCCGUGGUAUGGUCUGUCUUGUUCUGUCAUGGUUUUGAAGUGAUUCCGCAUAAUCAAAAGCGGCUGCGUCCGUCCGCAUUGAGACCGGUGGAUGCAGCACGUGUGUAAUGAGUGCCAAAUAUGCGGCGUCGCAAAUCAAACUGCUCCUUUUGCGUACUUGUCUAUGUCACAAAUGCUGCUGUGUGAUUUUUGUCGAUCUGACCUGGUAUGUGUCUGUAACUUUGUGUAAUUAACGUUCUCCGUCACUAUUGCAUUCCCAUUUGAAUUGAUUAAAGGUUAAGACUUGA